AUGCCCGAAAUGACUAAAGAAUUGCCUGCAAAGAGUGUCAAACGCAUAGAAGAACCGGCCAUCUCGUUGAAGAAAAUCGCCCAACUCGAAGCCGAUUUGGAAGAAAUGAAAAAGGACAAAGACGUCGAGAUGAGUCGAUGGACGACAAAAAUUGCUCAAAUCGAGGCAAAUUUAAUGGGGAAAAUCGCGAAGCUGGAGGCUGAUUUGGUUGACGGAAGGGAGAGAAAUCGAGAUUUGGAAAGGAAAAUCGCCGAGACAAAAAGGAAGAACGACGAUCUUGAAGCACAAUUAAGCGACCAAAAUACGGAAGUGAAAGAGGGGAAAGCCAAGAAUGGAGAGCUCGAAGGGAAAAUCAAUGCGUUGCAGAGCAAAAACUUUGACCUCGAAACCCAAAUACAAUUUGAAAGAAUCAAAACGGCCGAACUGGUGAAGUGGCAGACAGAUUUAAAUCAAACGUUGACCUUCGUGGAUCGUGAUGGAUGGUCGUAUUUGGCAAAAACCGCUUCUUGGUACAAGGCUAUCGAUCAAAGAAUGACAUUUGAUGAAGCUGCGGCAUAUUGUGCGAGUCGAAAGAUCCAUCUAGUCUCCAUUCACAGUCAGGAAGAGAACGAUUUUGUUGAGAAACUCGCGAAAACCGUUUAUUCGGAUGCGUCGUUCUGGAUCGGACUGAAGAGAAAUCCGGACAAAGGAAAUGCUUUUGAAUGGACGGAUGGAAGUUCGGUGGAUUUCACGAAUUGGGAUGAAGAAGAGCCGCGUUCGGAAACCCACGCUGAUCUUUGGAGCGGCGAUGGGAAAUGGGGGACCUCUCAUCCUACCUUUCAGUAUCAUUUUAUCUGCAAAAGGAGCUCUAAAUUC